AUGCCUAAAAAGUCCAUCGCUGAGAUUGUGGGUGGUACUACCUCGACAGAACUUACUUAUUUUCCGGUUGAGAAGAGUGUGAAACCGCGGAUCAGCUUUCCCUUGGAUGUUACAAAAGGUAUGGCCAAAUCGUUUCAAUCAGUUCUCUAUGGUUAUUUUCUUGGACCUCGCCUUCCUUUCCCAAUUGUUUUACGUGCGGUUCAGAAUGCUUGGGGAAGAUUUGGUCUUCUCGAUGCUAUGGUUAAUGACUUGGGUUAUUUCUUUUUUCGUUUUAAUGAUGAUGGUGGGUGCAACCAAGUUAUUGAGACUUCUCCCCUCAUGAUUAGAGGAAGGCCGCUAGAGGGUAUUAGUCGUAUUGCUAGUGCUAUAGGCGUUCCAUUGCGUUUGGAUGCUUGCACUGCAAGCACAUGUGAUAAAGCAUGGGGUCGAACUAAUUUUGCUAAAGUGCUGGUGGAUGUUUGGGCCGUGGGAGAAAUACAAAGGAAUAUUGAAGUGGUUAUUCCAAGACUAUCGGGUACAGGAGAGGAUGUCAUUAAUGUUGUUCUUGAAUAUGAUUGGAUUCCCUCCCAGUGUUCGCAUUGCAAAGAUUUUGGUCAUCAUACUGGGUCAUGUAUGCAAGAGAAUAAUGCUAAGCAAAAGUGGAGGCAGAAGGAUAAAUCAGGAUUCCAGGCAACUUCUUCGGGUGCGGCCUCAGGUAAGCAUGAUUCUCUAACUGGAGUUGGCAUUUUAAAACGGGUUCAGGAGGUGUCGAAUCACACGGGAGAUGAUAUAAAUGACAAAAACAUUCCAUGUUCUGGGGAAUCAUCAAAGUUGGUAGAAAAGGAUGUUGGGAAGGUGGACGGUCAGUUCUGUAUGGUGGAUGCGAGACGAACACCAAGGGGUAGAGAAGAUAUUUCUAACAUCAAAACUUUAUCAAAAGGGGAUCCGAAGUUAAUUCAAAAGGUGGUGAAAGCAUUUAAACCAAGGAGAGGCGAAUUUCAUGAUUUGCAAUCUAGUAAUCGGUUUUCUUCUUUAUCUUCUGACGAUUCUAGUGAUGAGGAUGACGAUAUGGAGAUCAUUGAUCCAGAGGGGCACAGUAUGGCAAAACGAGGAGAGGAUGUUACACUUUCUUCGUCUCACACCGCUUGGAAUAUUAGGGGUUUAAAUGCCCCUAUCAAACGGAAGGAGGUACGUGAUUUAAUUAAUCUCAAGCAUCUUUCUCUAUGUUGCAUUAUUGAAUCAAAAGUUGCUUAUAAUCACUUGGGGGAUGUGUGUAGUAGUGUAUUUGKUAAUUGGAGUUGGAUUACAAAUGGAUCUAUUUGUGAUCAAGGCACUCGCCUAAUUAUUGCAUGGGACCCGUCAGUGCUUUCUGUUCUUCUCAUUGAGCAGCACCAACAAUAUAUCCACUGUGAAAUUYGGAUUUUUGGCCAACUGRAUCCUAUUUUUAUUACUUUUGUUUAUGGGUGUAAUACGGGUACGGAAAGGCGUGAGCUUUGGCGGGCGUUUGGUGAAUUUCAUAUGUUUAAUCAAAGGAAAGCAUGGAUUGCGAUGGGGGACUUUAAUUCAAUGCUUUUCCCUCAUGAUGGGUUGGGAGGUUCCUCUAGGAGAAAUUCUGACAUGGAGGAGUUUCAUCUCUGCUUGGAAGAGGCCGAAUUGUUUGACAUUUCGUACCAAGGAUGCCAGUUUACUUGGAUACAGAAACCUUCGGGGGGAGAUGGUGUUAUGCGCAAACUGGAUCAUAUUCUGGGAAAUUCUGCUUUUAUCUCUAGAUUUGGGGAUGCUUCGGUCUUCUUUGAACCGAGGGGGAUUUCUGAUCACUCUCCGGAUAUUCUUUCUUUUAAAGUUGGUAGACGUCUUCGACAGCGUGGCUUUAAGUUUGACAAUUUUGUGACUUCUCAUACGGAUUUCCUUGCUUCUGUGGAGGAGGUAUGGACGAAACCUCAGAGCGGAUCUUAUAUGAAGAGGGUGCUUUGGAAAUUGCAAGAUCUGAAGGUGGUUUGUCGGCGUCUCAGAAAUUCGUAUGGUUGUUUGGAUAAAAGGGUAGUUCAAUUAAAGACGGAACUUGAUGUUGCUCAAUUGGCUUGUGAUCUAGACCCGUUUAAUGACUUGCUGAAGGAGGACAUUGCUUACUUCUUGCUAGCAUAUCAAAAAGCUAGAAAUGAUCAAGUGGAAAUGGCUCGUCAAAAAGCGAAGAUAUCUUUUUUUUUUUUUUUGAAGGAAAACUUCGGCAAAUUUAUAAAACGCAAUUAA